CUUGCAGAACUCUUGGAAACUGUUGUUCGUUUUAAAGGAUGCUACAAACCAUGCCGAUGAACAGUCGGAUGAAAGGGUGCGCAGCGUGAGUUCCAGAGGGGUCCGACGCUGAGGAGCUUCUGUUCCUGUGAAGCUGGUCACGCAUGCCUUCCCAACCCAAAGCCUCCUCUAAUCUCACUCAGGGGAUUUUGAGAUAGUAAUUCCCUCCCUUUAAUGCUCCAGUGACGAGACCAGGAGUGGUGGGAAUAGGAGAGAACUGUCCAGAAUUUUUCAAAAGAAAAAAAAAAGUUACGUGCAAAUUUAAAGCAAGACUGUUUCCAUCCAAAUGCCAUUCAGGAGCCUUGACUCCUGGUCGUUGAAACUUGCAGCAGGAAUAGGCCAUCUUCCUCUGAGAAGCCCCGCCCCAUUGCACAGGGUUUCCUAGGCUGGGCGGAGCCUCCCACAAGUUUCUCAAGGGGUGUGGCAUGUGCUCUCCGGUCCUCACCGACCAGAAACCUGGUGUGUUUGCGGUUUAAAUGUCCUCUUUCACUUUUGAAAAGACUCUGCAGAGCACACAACAUUUUUCUUGUCUCGCCAGCCUUGAGCCCAGUUUCCAAGGGGAGUGGGCUGACGACCAGAGGCAUGGCCAUGGCGUUUACUACUACGUCAAUAAUGACACCUACACAGGGGAGUGGUUCAAUCAUCAAAGGCACGGGCAAGGCACCUACUUCUACGCGGAGACCGGCAGUAAGUACGUCGGUACCUGGGUGCACGGGCAGCAGGAGGGUGCCGCCGAGCUCAUCCACCUGAAUCACAGGUACCAGGGCAAGUUCAUAAACAAAAACCCUGUGGGCCCGGGAAAGUACGUAUUUGACGUGGGAUGCGAACAGCACGGUGAAUACCGCCUCACAGAUGUGGAAAGAGGUGAAGAGGAGGAGGAGGAAGAGACAUUAGUGAGUAUCGUUCCAAAAUGGAAAGCUCUCAAAAUCACAGAAUUGGCCUUGUGGACUCCAACCCUCUCCGAGGAGCAUCCUCCUGCUGAGGGACAAGGGCAGGAAGAAGUCCAGGGAGCUACUGGUGCUGGUGAGCCCUCAGAUGACAUCCAGGCAGAAGGUUUUGAGGUCGACGCAGAGCCGAGGACGGGCGAAGAAGACAUAGACUUCAGGCAGGAGAGCCAGGAGAACAGUUACGACUUAGACCAGGGAAACCCGAACUUUGAUGAAGAACAGUUAGACCUCCAGGAGUAAGAGGGAGAAGAUAGAAGACUACAGACACACCAGGCGUGCCUUAAUUAAAACCAGUCAGCUGGGGCUGGUACCCACCACCUGGCAAUCUCCCUCCCUCUCUCAGUUGUUUUGCAGUUGGAAAUAAAUAUCCCCAUGUUGAGUGUUUGUGAAA